UGCUUUUAGAUCAAGAGGAACGGUCCUACCUCAGCAGACAAUCAUAAAACGGUUGCAAAACUGUUGUGUUCUGUUGAACGCAGUCAUUGGCAGAAAAAGCAUUUGCAACUGUUGGAAAAUUCUUUAAUAUGAUUGAGUCGGGCCUUCAGUUCUUACGACGAAUAAAAUAUCAGCUCUGCCCUACGUAAAAACAUCACACAUGCCGAUUGGUUCCUGCGAUAAUGUGGGACGCGAUUGGCUGAUUUGAAUCAUGUCGGUUUUUAAAAAUGGGCGUCCUCGUUUGAGAUUCUUUCACAUGUCAUGUCAUAUGCUGCCUUUUGUUUACGUCCGAAACGCGCGACGUCAGCGACAGAACGCGAUAUUCAUCGAACUAUGAUUUCCAGUACCUUUUGAAGAAACAUUUCCACCGAGUUUUGAGAUGUACCUGCAUUUGAAAUACACGCGGCGAUAAAUUUUUAAAAGAAAACCAGCUGACACAUUAACAUCUUCGGCAAAGUGAAUUUUAUUGGGAUCUCUCUGCGAAAUAUUUUAGUGCGAUAAUGGAGAAAUAUCAGCAUAUGAGAGCGUUUAUAUCAGCGGCCUUAGAAUACACCAAGCACCCCAGCGAAAACGUAAUCUCCGCUAUACAAAGAAGUCUUGGAGUGAUUAGCGCAUCACUGGACCUGAGUAUAUUUGAUCCUGGGACUAGUGUAGCCGCGGAGUUCUAUGUAAGUCUGUAUGAGCUUAUGAACUCCAUAGGAUCACGAUCCACUUUAAUCUGGAGCGCCGUGGAUGUUUUGCAAAACGCUUGUCGGAAUAUACCUGCUAGGCAGUCACUUAUUCAUGUAUAUAAAUUUGCGCCGAUCUUAGCAAGAUUAUUGGAGGCGAAUUUAACAACUGAAAAGAGGAUACGAGUAUUGAAACUAUUACAAGAAUUAACAUACGGAAUCAAAAUCUCAUGGCAAGAGACUCAGCUUCCAUAUUUAAUUUCCACAUUAACUCAAUGGGUAGUACAAUCAAAAGAAGAAGAGAUUAUCUCUCUAUCUUUAGGUGUACUGGUAAAUCUAUGUUAUAAAAAUCUUCCGGCAGUGUACACGCUGAUGCGAACCAUCAAUACCAAAGCAUUUAUUAGAACGUUAGUGAAAUUACAAGGUCAUGUCAAUACUAGUGUACAAUGUUGCAAGUUAUUAAUUAUAUUGGAGCCAAGUAACACGAGCAUGUAUGAGAAAUAUAUCACAGAUUUUGCAUCGGUAACGUUUAUUAAUCUGGGAAAAGCGAUGAAACAAAAAGAUGUUUUAUUAUUGAGACAUAUCGUUGACUUUUUUAACGAUAUUGGGCAAAACGAACAUUGGCGAAAUGUUCUACUUACAUAUUCGAAUUACGGCAAAGAUAUUGAAAAUAUAUUGGCCACUUUGGAAGAGAACACAGACCCGGAAUGCGUCGCUCUCAUGAUGGAAUUUUUAUUAUUAUUGGUAAAGCUGAAAUUAACUGCCAUAACGCCUUUGUAUCCUGCAUGUAUAAGAUCAGCUAUGACAUGGGUACCUGUGGAACAAGUAUGUUCAAAAGCUUUAGCACUUAUACGAAGCAUAAUAAUUGAUUCCCGACGCACCAGAACCUGUGCUGAAGUUUUAACAGAGAUAGAUCCGUCUGUCCUAAUGCUUAUAACGAAUCAGGAGGACGAAAUUAAUGAUCAAAGUGAAGGUCAAAACGCAGAAAUGAAGCAAGCCGAAUUGAUGCAGCUGUUUCAAGAAAUGAUUAAAACUCCUGCGCUGAAAAAGAAAAUUAUGAGCUCAUUCAAUGAACAUGCAAUGCGCAAACAGUUCAAUCAUGUGCUGAAUAAUGAAUUUUCCGCCUGUGGAGAUUGGACCAGAAACUUUAUGCAGAAUGCUUCUACCAACCUUUACAUUCACGCCUUAGCCUUGACAGCAGAUUUGGCAGCGAAUCAUUCCAACUGGUUAACUCUAUAUUCCGAAUUGCUCAGUAAAAAACAAAUACAAAUGAUAAUAGCACUAGCAUUGUUCACCGGUGAUGCAGAAGUUAAACACAAAGCCUUGCAGUUGACAUCAUCGAUUGGAUUUCCACAAGAAUGUGUUUCCGCAGUGGCACUUUGCAUGAAAGAAUUAGAACCAUUGAUAUUGGUUCAAAAUACCAAUAACAAUAUAUUGGAAAUCUCGAGUAAAGUAUCCCUGAAUUAUAUCGGGAACGAAUUGGCGCCGUUAUUUUCCUUCAAGCAAGAAGAACGCCUUGAUGCGUUUUUAACCAAGCUCGAAUCAAAUCAAAUUAAUGAUAUUCCAACGUCCGCGGUCAUGGAACUAUAUGAAUAUAAGUUAGCAACAAUGAGACAUUCUGAAAAGGCAAUGUGGUCAAGUUUAGAAGCAGCAAAUAAUCAUGCUACUAGUCUACAACACAGGUUAGCACAAGUAGUGGCUGAGUCUAGUAGAUUACAUCAGUUAUUAUUUGAUACCCAACAAUCUUUGGAAGGAACAAAAGCGGAAAAGUGUGCAUUAACGGAAAAAUUUAUCGAGAAGGAAAAUCAAUCUCAGAAAGCGCUUUCGUUAAAAAAAAAAGAGAAUGAAUCCUUGAAAAAAAUUGUAGCCGAAAAAUCGACAAAUUUAGAGAAUUUAAAUGAAAAACUGACACAGUGUACAAAAGACUUGGAAGAUAGUAAUAAUAAAAUUGAUAUAUUAACCAAAAAAAUCAAAGAAUUAGAUAAUGAACUUUUAAUUGCCGAAGCAAAGGCUACAGAUAUGAGCAAUAAAAAUCAUGAAUUAAGUAAACUUUUACAAAAAAUGCAAGAUUCCCUUAGCAAAAAAGAACAGAUCUUAGAGAAAAAAAGUGCAGAGAUAGAAGCAAAUCAAAGUGAUAUAUCUGCACUUAAGCAAGAAAUUGAACAAAUGAAGCAUAUACUGCAGACCUCUGAACAAACCAUAUCAGAAAAAGAUAGAAAUAUUCAAAGAAUGAAAGGAGAAUUGAAAGAAUUGAGCCGUAUGCGGGAUAUGAUCUUUGAGCUCACUGCUAAAAACAAAGAUGAUCUCAAUUCAAGUUAGCGAUUCUGAUGCUUUUAUUUAGGAAAAUUUAAAUACACAACGUAUAUUUUAACAUAAAAAAAUUUAUUGAAGGAAUACGUGGUAGAAAUACGAUCAAAAAAUUUAUAUACAAAUAAUCGAUUAUUGUUAUUGUACGGCUGUUCAUUGCUUAUUCAAUACGAUCAUUACAUUUUAAUAAAAUGUUUUAUAUAAUUCGCACAUAGGAUAACUAUUAUAUUUUUAUCAUAAAUUAAAACGUGAGUGUACAUCAUUUUGCAUACUGUUACGCAAAUUUUCGUACUAUUAAACAUAUUAUUAUAUAGAUUAAAGAUAUAUAGUAUAAGCAUGCAAUAUUCCAUAUAAUUAUUUUUCUGUUGUGUUAAAUACGAUUGCUAACGAUUUCUACUUAUUUUAUAUUAAAAUACGUAAAAUGAAAUUUCUAUAAUUAUAUAUCCUGCUGUUUUGAAUGACGAAAUCAUUUUUUUGCGAUUGUAUAUCAUUUUCAUGUAUUUUACUACCACAAAUGUAUACUAUGUCAAUGAAAUAUUAAUACUGUUACAAUUUUUCACUUACAUAAUAGAGAAGAUUUGUCUUACUACCACUUUGGUAUUAUAAAUAAAUAAUACCUUCGUU